AUGAGUUCCAAAUCAGCUGCUGCUAUCUUACAACGACAAUUUAAAGAUUUAACUGAUCCCAAAAAGAGAAUCCCAUCUUUUCACAUUGAAUUAGACGAUGAUAAUAUCUUUUUAUGGAAUAUUGGUGUUAUGGUACUCAACCCCGACUCAUUAUACCAUGGCGGAUAUUUCAAAGGACAAAUGAGAUUUCCUCAAGAUUUCCCAUUUAGUCCACCAUCAUUCCGUUUUACUCCUGCCAUUUAUCAUCCAAACAUUUAUCGUGAUGGUCGGUUAUGUAUAAGUAUCUUACAUCAAGGGGGAGACCCAACUAGUGAUGAACCUGAGAGUGAGACUUGGUCACCAGCACAAACUGUUGAAAGUGUAUUAAUUUCAAUUAUUUCUCUUUUGGAUGACCCUAAUGGAAAUUCACCCGCCAAUAUUGAUGCAUCAGUUGAAUUUAGAAAAAAUUUCCCCGAAUACAAGAAGAAAGUGUUGAAAGAAGUUGAACGGUCGAAAAAGGAUAUUCCUGAAGAUUUCAUCAUGCCUGAUGAUUCGUCAGUUGCUUAUAGUAAUAAUCAAUCUGUUAAAAAUCGAGAAUUGAUUGACGAUCCAAUAGAUGAAGAUUUUUGGUAUGAAAGUGAAGAAGAAGAAAGUUUUGACGAAGAAAGUUUAAUGGAUGAAAAUGAAGGUGAUUAUGAAGAAGAUGAUGAUGAUGAAGAAGAAGAGGAAGAAGAUGAAGAAAUGAUUGCAAAAUAA